UUUAAUCGAAAAACAUGGCUGUCAACAUGUACCUCUUUCUCUGUACGAGUAGUUAACAAUAAACAGAGUUAGUUAUCUAUUAGUUUAGUUAUUUAUAUGGACGACUAAAGUCUAUUAUAACAAACUAAUGUUUUUCUAGCAAUUAAUAAUGACUUGCUAUCGUAAACAAUAUCAAAAGGUGUAGUGCAGUCAAUACAAUUUAUAAAUUAUAUAAAACAAAUAAUUUUCUAAAGUUUUAAAAACAUUUUGUUAAAGAACUUGAUAGACAACAGAACAAAAAAUAAACCAUGGAUUUCUAUUACAUGCCUCCCUCUGCCCCCUGCCGUGCUGUCGAAAUGACUGCCAAGGCGGUUGGUGUUAAAUUGAAUAAGAAAAUCUUAAAUUUACCUGCUGGUGAGCAUUUAAAACCUGAAUUCUUAAAAAUCAAUCCCCAACACACCAUACCCACUUUGGUCGAUGGUGAUUUCGCUUUAUGGGAGUCUCGGGCCGUUAUGGUUUAUUUGUGUGAAAAAUACGACAAAACCCAAAAAUGGUAUCCCGAAUGCCCCAAAAUUCGUGCUGUCAUUAAUCAACGUUUAUAUUUUGAUAUGGGUACUUUAUACAAAAGUUUUGCCGACUAUUAUUACCCACAAAUUAUGAAGAAAGCUCCUGCCGAUCCUGAAAUGUUGAAAAAAGUAGAAAGUGCUUUUGAAUUUUUCAACACUUUCUUAGAAGGACAUAAAUUUGCUGCUGGUGAUGAUGUCACCGUAGCUGAUAUUGCAUUAUUAGCUUCAGUUACCAAUUUUGAAGCUGCCAAAUAUGAUAUGAGUAAAUAUUCGAAUGUUGCCAGAUGGUAUGAAGAGUGCAAAAAGGUAGUUCCUGGCUAUGCCGAAAAUUUAGAGGAUUGUUUGAGUUAUAAGAAAUUUGUUAAACAAGAUUAAAUGUAAAAGAUUUGUUUUUAAUUUAUUUUUAUUGUUAAAUAUUUGUAAAUAAACUAGUUUUUAUGUAAUAAUUUA